CUGUUUUGACAAAUUGUCCAAGUUACCGCUAUUAAUUUGUGCCUCAAUGGUGCAAUUCAUUAGGUCAUUAGACUAUUAGGGGGUGGGAGUGUAUCACAAUCGAACAAUAUUCUGUUCUCACCCAACAUCCACAUGUGCACUUUCCAGCAGGAGAUUACUGAUAGCUGCCCGUAGUGGGAAUUCUACAAGAUUUCCCUCUUCUACCAGGUCCAGGGGCACUGAGGCCAAUUGCUUCCCUGGCCGAGAUCAGCAACAACUUGCACUUGUGUGCGGUGCCUUUCACCGAAAUGAACGUCUCGAAACACGCGGCACAUAUAGUGUCUGACACCAUGUUGAGUACCGGAAAGGAGAAUUUCCGACUGAAAAGCUAUAAAAACAACUCUCUAAACCCUGAUGAAAUGAGAAGACGACGAGAAGAGGAGGGACUGCAGCUACGGAAACAGAAACGCGAGGAGCAGUUAUUCAAACGCAGGAAUGUCACAAACACAGAGCCAGAUGAAGAGGAUGAAGAAGUGAUGAGUGAUAGUGGGUUUCAUGAGUCGCAAGUAAACAUGGAUAUGGCUUCGACUACAGUCAUCACCAACGAUAUGGUGCAGAUGAUUUUCUCUGAUAUUCCUGAACAACAGCUGGCUGCGACCCAGAAAUUUCGGAAACUUCUGUCCAAAGAACCAAAUCCUCCUAUUGAUGAAGUUAUCAACACACACGGAGUGGUGGAGAGAUUUGUGGAGUUCCUGAUAAGGAAGGAGAAUUGUACAUUGCAGUUUGAAGCAGCAUGGGUGCUUACAAACAUAGCAUCAGGAAGCUCACUACAGACCCGUGAAGUCAUCAAGGCUGGUGCAGUGCCCGUCUUUAUUGAUUUGUUAACAUCAGAUUUUGAAGAUGUGCAAGAACAGGCUAUCUGGGCCCUUGGAAACAUUGCAGGUGACAGCACGGUCUGUAGGGACUAUGUGCUAGACUGUAAUAUACUGCCUCCUCUUGUACAGUUACUUUCGAAACCCAACCGAUUAACAAUGACGAGGAAUGCUGUCUGGGCACUGUCAAACCUGUGUAGAGGCAAAAAUCCUCCUCCAGACUUUUCAAAGGUAUCUCCCUGUCUCAGUGUUGUAUCCUGGCUUCUGUUCCUCAAUGAUGUCGAUGUUUUGGCUGAUGCCUGCUGGGCUUUGUCAUAUUUAUCUGAUGGACCCAAUGAUAAAAUCCAAGCAGUAAUAGAUUCUGGUGUUUGCAGAAGAUUAGUGGAACUAUUGAUGCACUCUGACUAUAAGGUGGUCUCUCCAGCACUGCGUGCAGUAGGAAACAUUGUAACGGGAGAUGAUAUACAGACUCAGGUAAUUUUAAACUGCUCUGCUUUGCAGAGUUUAUUGCACUUAUUGAGCAGCCCAAAAGAAUCAAUCAAAAAGGAAGCGUGUUGGACCAUCUCAAACAUUACAGCAGGGAACCGUGCACAGAUACAAGCUGUGAUAGAUGGCACCAUCUUUCCUCUCCUGAUAUCCAUUCUACAGACAGCAGAAUUCCGGACGAGGAAAGAAGCCGCAUGGGCCAUCACCAAUGCAACAUCUGGCGGAACUUCUGACCAGAUCAAGUACUUAGUGGAGCUCGGUUGCAUUAAACCAUUGUGUGACCUGCUUCCUGUUAUGGAUGCAAAGAUCGUGCAAGUAUCACUGAAUGGUUUGGAGAAUAUCCUGAGACUGGGUGAGCAGGAAGCAAAACAAAAUGGAACUGGCAUAAAUCCUUACUGUGCACUAAUAGAAGAAGCUUAUGGUCUGGAUAAAAUUGAAUUCCUGCAGAGCCAUGAAAACCAGGAUGUUUAUCAAAAAGCAUUUGAUCUCAUAGAGCAUUAUUUUGGUACAGAAGAGGAAGACACCAGCAUUGUCCCACAAGUCGAUCUAAAUCAACAGCAAUACAUCUUCCAGCCACAUGAAGCUCAGAUGGAGGGCUUCCAGCUGUAAACUGAAAGGCGGGUCACAAAAAGGACUGACUCCACUUGACACGCGCGCAUUCACGCACACACACUUCUCCCCAGGCUGUAGUGACCAGCAGAAAUUCUGGGGGGAAGGGAACAGGAAGGUCUGCACGUAGACAUAACCGUCUACCUACACCCGUACAGAUGAGCUCUACUAGUAAGAAUGUGCUACAGUAGCUUGAAUGGUUCUGAUUGACCAAAGGUUGUAUGCGGUCUAUACAAACACUCAUAUAUACAUACAUACAGUACAACUAUAAAGCUGUUUAGGAGCCACACCAGAAGUAUGUUAUAUAUGAAGGUUGUAUUCUUGCGUGUAUAAUAUGUAUAUAAACUUUGAAUUGGAACUCCCCGAUGGUCUAGUGGGUAAAAGCACCUCCAUGUAGCACUAAGCCAUAGAACAGAAGGUUGCAGGUUCGAUUUCUGGUCUGUGCUAAGUUAGCUGAUAGCAGCCAAGGCAGAAAUUGAGAUGCUACUCAAUUAGCACCUUUAGACUAGGGAGGGAAAAAUCAGCCAAGCUCCCAUUCCAGAUCACUAUCCAGUGUCCUCUGCUGGAAAUUGUGUGUGACUAUCAGAUGAAACCCAAAUCAGCAAUUACCUCCACAGUCAAGUAGUCUCAUCACUUACUGUCUGGGCUCAUAUAUGAAAAAGGCCCACUUAGGUAAAGUACUGGAGGGCCGCUGGCACUUGUGGAACUGUAGCCAAGCAAGAGUUGGAGCAUUUAAUAAAGGCGGAGGAACAUUUCAAAUGGGUUUAGGAAAAACAGCAAAUUUGCACCAUCAGACUCUUCCACCUUGAAUUCUUAUCCUGUGUUAGAGCUGCCUCUCUCCAUUGAGUUAUUUAUAGCUGGAAGAAUCAUUCAAGGUCCAGAACCACACAAAUAUGUGACUGGAACUAUUGCAGCGUAAACUUAGGUAAACUGACUAUCUGCCCAACCUAUGUGUUGUAUUAACUCUUUAGUUCAGUUUUCCUCCAAUUAAUGACCAAUCCAUAUGGAAGGCUGAGUGUUAUGAUUUUUCCUUACUGUGGUUUAAUUGAGAAGUUAUCGCUCUGAGAUUCAGAGGCUGACACUGUUUAGAAAAGAUUCAGAGGCUGACACUGGUGACCAGUAAGGGUGUAAAAAAAGGACCAGACCGUUUAAAAAACGGCAGGUGGACACCCUAACACUCCCCUGCUGGUGGUCUGGCAGCUAGUUUACCCCCUCUGAGUUAUUGUUCACUGCUGCUUGGUUUCACCAAUCUGGGGAACGGAAACAGUGAUCGUCUACUGGAUUAAUUACAGUAUGUUGUAAACUUCCAGUUCCAUAUUUAAGCUGUUUUACACUGGAUUGGAGAUUUUUUUGGGGGGGGAUUGUGAAGCUCAGACAUUGAACUUCAUUAACCAAGAAAUCUUUGAUAAAUAUUAGUCUUUCUAUCCGAGAGACAAUCAGCAAUUCAACAGUGCAGUAUAGUUUAUCUUUACCGCCACCAGAUCAAAGUAUUGGUACGCCAUUCUGUAACCAGGCAAGGGUGAUUUUUGGAUAUCCUGCAACCUACAGAAAAUCUUGUUUGAAAUGUGUCCUGGAUAAUAAAUUCCUGCCAAUAUUUUCACAAUCAAGCUUAUUUCCAGUCUUUUACUGGAGGCUUUUUAAAAGGAAUGAAAAAAACAUUCCAAUUUCCCUUACCCUAGGUUAUCUGUCCUGAAGCUUAAUGGGUAAAAUUAAUACAGAACUGACUUGUCUUUUAAACUUGUCCUUUAUUGUCCUUUAAACAUCGGUUGCAACACUGUAGAUUUGGAGUGUCACUAGAAAAACACAUAAAAUUCAGUUCUGAAGGGCCAUCACAUUAUAUUCUUUGGGUGAGUUUGCUUGAAGAUUGUUCACCAGUCUGUCCACUUUGCCUUCCACCUUUUUCAGAUCUAACUGGCAUCUCUCACUAUUCAAAUUCUUGUUAUUGCUUUCUAGUGAAUAUCCCAUUCACGAGAAAAACAAGUGGUAUUCAGGCUGGCUUGAGUGAUGAGAACCUGAAUUCCUACAAACUUUGACAUUGAAUGGUGUUACUUGAGCUGGGCAUAUUAAUAGGAAACAACUACCAUCGUGUAUCAUAAUCUUGGUUAUUACAGGUUUUCUAACCAUUACUUUUGGUACUUUGGCCUGGAUAGAUUUUCUAUUUCUACUAUUGGGGCAAGCUGAAUAAAUAAAGCUUCCAUUCUUCCCUUUUUGAAGGAUUUUUUGGGUGCCAUUGCACUUCCUGGAACUGAGACUGAUUUUUUGUUUGUAAGUAUUGAGUCUCAAGUCACAUAAUUCAGUAGUAACUCACUCUGAAAUCCUCCACACUCCUGAUGGCAGAGACCGGGUAACUUGCCCCCACGCCCUUGCCACCUUCCCAACAUGCCUGCUGCCUCCCCUUGCCACCUUGUCCCACCCCCUUGCCACCUCCCUCCCCCUGACCUCCCAAGGGAAGCACAGCAGAGAACGAGAGCUCACCUGAGCAGCAGGAUUGAAUCUCCCCUUCAUUUCACAAUGCUAUGUGGUACUCUGAUUUCCUGCUCUAAUACAUUUUUAUUAAGGACACAAUUGCGAAAUCCAGCUGGUCCCACUUCACCUCUUGAGUUUCAAACCCAGCUAGUGUCAGCGACCAUUUAUUUCUGCCGCAAAACUCAGCCAGAUUUCAGAUUGGCCAGUCAUGUGCCAUGGCUUGCUCGGCUGUGCCAUGUGAAAUUAGCCAGUGUGCUACUUCCCUUAAAUUCAAAUCAUAUUGUCUUGUCAGAUUGUUGGUGGCACAAUGUUAACACUGGAAAUAAUGCCACCAACAAUGCUACAUUCAUGUUUGAUUGGUCUUUGUAAAAGCUCAGACUAAAGCCAAGCCUGUCAGAUCAUUGGAGAAUCAGUUUGUAGUCUUAAAACGUGAUUAUGCUCUUAGGUUGCGGCACAUGGGCAAAACAAUUCAAUCUCGACACAAGGUCUGGUUCCAAUUUUUUGUUUCUUCCAUUUUUAGAUUGCCAAGUUAUGGUUGUCCAAAAAUGCCCAAUUUUGGAGAAGUAUUUAUAUGUAGGGUUGCUAAGUGCAUCGUGUGGAAGAGGAUUAAGAGGAAAUACUAUUAGCUGGUUCAUCAGCAAGGUGCUUCAACAUAGCCAAAUAGUAUUUCUGCACUUAUGCCAGCUUAAAGAACAUUUUCAGAUUCUAAGAUUUGUAUUUAAAAAAUAUAUAUAUUUUAAAAUCUUACUUUUGUAAAUAUUGGUUUAAAGAAAGUCUCAUUUUUAUGUUGCGCUCUUGUUUGUUAGAAUCACAGUAUAUUUCCCAGGCCGUUGGCUCAGUUUUGAUCUAUUGUGAACAACUUUUAUGAUUGACAGAUCAUUGAAGUCAAUUUGUGGUUAAAAAGGUAAACCUGUAUUAUUUCUGUAUGGUAGUUUUUUUGUAUUCAUAAUGAGUGUUUAGGGGGAGAAAAGAUUAAGUUCAUGCCAGGGAGUUUAAGAUUAGUCCCCAGUUAAAUGAGAAAUAACUUCAUUUUCUGGCAAGUAUCCUAAACUAUGAUGCUGCAGAGUUUGGUCUGCAUACAUAUCACUCAGACUAUUCAACUUGAUGUUGUCGAGCUCCCUUCUCUCACUUGUGGAAUAGUUUAUAAGCAAAUUUGAUUUUUGCAAUAGCUGUAAGUGUAGAUUUUGAAGGAGUUUUUAUGUUUAAACGUGUAAUAAGAACCAAUUAAAGUAAAGUGAGGUGGUCAGUCAUGAAGACUGCAGUAAAGAUUUAAUACCAUAUAUUAAAUACUUUUGUUAUCUUCAAUAUGCUACAAUUGCAAACAUAUGUUUACAGCAAUAUGAACUACCUACUUGUCAUUGGGCAUCCUACUUGCAAAACACUGAAACGUGGAGACUCUUGAGCUUACACUGAUAGUCCAGCAAGUAAAUGCACUGCUUGAUGUCGUAUGAAAUCAUACAACAACAACUUGCAUUUAUGUAGCGCCCUUCAUGCGGGGUUGCGGCCCGGACCUCUAGUCUUACAGACUAGCGAGUUGAGUUGUAAGAUUGAUUCUUGGUCUGCUGUAUGGGCUGGUUUCUUUUUGGGGCUUGAAAUUUGGGAGUUGUAAAUCAGACAGGGUUUCUACUCCUGUGGAGUGUGGAUAUCUGUGGUUAGGACAGGAGCAACCUCGGUUGUGAUGACUGCCAUGGUCACAACCCAUCACGACUUGCAUUCUCUAGCUCACUUGGGCAAGGUCAUGGUACUGAAGGAUUUGUCCAUGGAACUUUGCCCAGCAAGAACUUUCAGGAGAAGGAAGAAAAUUGACCAAAACAAAAGUAUGUAGAGAGAUUAGAAUCGUACAGUACAGAAGGAGGCCAUUUGGCCCAUCUUGUCAGUCCAGCUCAUUGAAAGCUAUCCAACUAGUCCCACUCUUACCCCAUAGCUGCAAAUGAAAAAUAAAAUUCUUCCUAUUUGCAAAUCCAUAAUAUUGAAAGUCACCCACAAUUUUGGUGGGGGCAGUCAAAAGUGGACAGAAAGAUGAGAGGUAAGUAAUUGAAACCUUCAUCUGGUAGGCAAUAUAAAGAGAAUCUGGAGAGCCUCCAUCUGAGACCCAUGGUAAAUUAUAAAGUUGCAUUCCCUUUUACUGUCAUUCCACACCUUGAUGAGCACAUGUCCACACAAAAUAAAACUUGAAGGUUUUAACGCCUUGCACAAGCGUCUUUCACGAGCUGAUUCAAAAUGGCCAUCGUGCAAUGUUUUAUUGUGUGUGUUUUGAGAAUUUCACAUUUUAAACAGCUAGAAUUGUUUACAAACCUCUGUUUUGUUCCCAUUGUGGGCAUAAUAUUCAGAACUUGUUCUUUGAUCAUUUUGAGAUCUAGCAGUAUAUAUCUGCACCAUGUUCAAAAUAACCUCAGAUAUCUCAAAGGUGGACCUCAUGUUGUCAUUCCCAUGAAUGUGCAGUGCUCAUACCUCAAGUGCUGCAGGUAUGAAUGCAUUUCUAAAGGCAUGUCCGAAAGUCAAUAGUGCAUAUUCAUCUAUUGAGAUGUUUUACGUAUUUGUGAACAUUGGUAAGGUUUUGUUUGAAAUUCUUUUAGAAUCCUCCUGCAGGACUGUUAAGCUAUUGAAACAUGCGACAUUUAUUUUCACCGAGAGAAAAUUCUUACUCGGGUAUCUGAGAUUGAAAUAUGGUAAACAAACAUUAAAAUACAUGGCUGGUGAUCUGUGUUUCCGAUACUUGUGAAAGCCCCAUACGGCAGCAGUGCCGUGGCUCAAAUGAGUUGUAAUGGUCCUUGUGUAUGAAAGCGGUGGCAAUGUUCUGGCAUUUGAUAUAGUUUUCCAUGGAGGGUUUGGAUCUGAGUUAAAAUUGCUCUAGGACGUGAUGCAUUAUGGAUCAUUAAGUGUUAUCUCACACAAAUGUGAUCUUUCCAUUUCACUGGUGUGAAAUAUCACUGUUUGAAAGACUGUGAUAACACCAGCAAUGCAUGUAGAAUAAAAGUACUAAAAAAAGA